AUGAAAAAUUAUUUUGGAAAUAUUAAACCAUUAUAUUCAUUACAUUGGUUAAUAUUUAAUAAAUAUAAAAAAACAAUAAAACAUAAAAUUUUAAAUAAUCAUUAUUUAACAAUUAAUUUAGUAAAAAAUAAAGAUAUAUUUAAAGAUUUGUUUUUUUUAUUUUCAACAAAUAAAAAUAAAGAAUAUAAUUUUGAUGAUGAUGAAGAAGAUCAAGAUGAAGAUAAUAAGUUUGAAUAUUAUUUUAACAAUAGUAAUGAUAAUCCAAAUAAUCCAAAUGAUAAUCCAAAUAAUCCAAAUGAAAUUGAAAUAAAUUUAAAAGAUAAAGAAAAUGAAUUUUAUUUAAAAUUAUUUAAAAAUAAUAGAAUUUUAUUUAAUUAUUUUAAUUUAUCAAGUUGUCAAAAUAAUAGAAUUGAUGAUUUAAUUAGAUCAGGUAAUUUUAAAGCAUUAAAAGUAUAUUUUAAAAUAAAUAAAUUAAUUCCAAAUAAAUUUGAAAUUGAUAAAUCGAUUAAACGUGGUGAAAUUAGAAUUGCAAUUUGGCUUUUAAAGAGAUAUCAACAGGUAAAGGGUAAACCAAUGAUUAAUACAUUUAAGUUUUUACAACAAUUUGAUUUCACUAAUCUAAUUGAUGAAAAACCAACUUUAAAAUUACGUCAAUUAUCUUUAAUACCAAUUUUAAAUUCAAUUUUACCAAAUAUAACAAAAACAAUAAAAAUUAAUAAUCAAAUUAAUGAUAUUCAAAAUAAUAAUCCAAAAGAAUUAAAUAUUAAAUUAUCAACCAUUUCAUUUCUUUCAAGAUUAAAAUCAAGAUUAUUUAAUUCAACAACUGGAGUUAUAAAUGGUAUACCAUCAAAUAAAUCUGAAAAUAUUAGUGAUGGUAAUUGUCCAUUAUCAAUGAAUUAUAAUGUUUGUUGGUUAUUAGAAUCUUGUAAAACCAUAAUCUAUUUAAAUUCAUUUUUAAAUUUUAAAGACAACCAAGAAUUGGAUCCAUUAUUAUUAAUUCAACAAAAUGAAAUACUCUCUAAAAUCACUUUUACAAAUCAAGAGAAACAAAUUAAAAUUUUCGAUUUCGAUGCAAAGGAUGAAAGAGUUUUUAAACUUUUACAAUUUUAUUCAAAAACUGAACCUUUAAAUCAAGCUUUUAUAAAUUACAAAUAUCUUUCUCUUCCUUUUUAUUUUUCAAAUAUUAAUUCAAUUUCAAUUAAGAAUAAUUCUUUAAAUUUAAUUGAUUAUUUAAUUUAUUCUUUUGAAAUUGCAGAUUUCAAUUUAUUUAAAGAAUCAUUAGAUUUAUUAUUAAAAUAUCCACAACUUGAUCCAAUUAAAUCGUUACAACCAGUUAAAUUAAAUUUAACACAACUUUAUAAUAAAGAAAUUCAAUUAUUUAAAUUUUGUAAAAAUGAUCAAGAAAGACAACAUCUAUUCGUUCAUCAAAUUUCUAAUUGCAUUAAUAAUUAUCAAUCACCUUAUAAAAUACAUACAGUUUUCUUCUUUUCAAUUAUUGUUAAAUUUAAUAAUUUAGAAUUAAUUCAAUUAGCAUUUAAUAUAUUACCAAAAUCAAAAUUAAUGUUUGAAUAUAUUUCUUCAAAUAAAUUAAAUUCAAAAUCUUUUUCUUCUUCUUCUUCUUCUUCUUCUUCUACUAAUACUACUAAUAAUAAUAAUUCUUCAAAAACAAAUUUAUCACCACCAUUAAAAAUUAAAAAAAUUGAAAAAAAAAUUGAUGACUAUGAUGAUGUUGAAGAUAAUGAUAAUAAUGAUGAAAAUAUUUUAAUUAUAAUUUCAAAAUAUAUUGAAUCAAUUGAAGUUUUAAAAUUUAUUUAUAAAAGAUUUAAAGAUAUUAAACAACAUUGGAAAACUGAUUAUUGGAGACAAAAUGGUAGAAUGGAUUUAAUUGAAGCCUAUGAAAAUCUUGUACCAUUGGAUGUAAAGUUUACAUUCUCAAUAUCUUAUUAUUCAUUUUCAAAGAAUCAUUUAGAAUAUUUAAGAUAUGUUUUAUCAAAACCAGAAAGAUAUCAAAUUGAAACAACUAAAUGUGAUAUUGCAAUUUCAAUAGAUGAAACUACAACACUAAGAGAAAUUGAAAAUAUUAAAUUCAUCUUAAACAAUAGUGGUACUAUUAAAUAUAGAAUUUGUGUUUGGUCAAAUUUCACAGCUUGUUAUGCCGAUUUAAUGUUUUGGAUUUGGGAUAAUCGUAAAACCGAUAUCUUUCCAACCCAAGGUAAUGAAAAGAAAUUAAUCUCUCAAGGUCAUACUUUUGAUUUAGUCAAUUAUGUAAUUGGUUUAAAAUCUUUAAAUUCAGAUUUAUUAACUAAUAAGAAAAUCACUGAUUUUAGUGGUUUCUAUUCUUCACCUUGGUUUGAUUUAAUAAUUUCAAAUGGUGAUUUGUUUAUGUUUAAUCAAAUUAUUGAAAAAUAUUUUCAUGCUACUUUACCUUCGAUAAAUAAUAAGAAAAUCAAUAAGAAUAAUAAUGAUGAUCUUUCACUUGUUUUAGAAUUCAUUGAAUCAACAAUUCAAUUUGGAAAUAAAAAAAUUAUUAAUUAUCUAAUCAAUAAUCAUCCAGAAUUCUUUCAAUCUUAUAAAGAAAUCUUAAUUAGAUUAGUUAUAGAUUCAGAUAUUUUUGAUACAUUUCAAUAUUUAAUAGAUUUAAAUAUUAUUAAUUUAAAGAAAUUUAAUAUUAAUCAUAAUGAUUUAAAUCUUCUUUAUAAUCAUAAUAAAAAAUCAACUUUAUCCUCAAAUAUUUUAGAAAUUGAUGAAGUUGAAGAAAGUGGUGUAUCUGAUGAUGAAAUUAUUAAUCAAUCAAUUAAUAAUCAAUUAAUUAAUAAUCAUGAUUUUGAAAAUGAUUAUUAUGAUAAUAUUGAUGAUGAUAAUAAUAAUAAUAAUAAUAAUAAUAACAUUAAUAAUGAUGCUAGCAUUAAUUACCCUCCCGUCAAUGGUAUUAUUUUUUCUCCAACUGAUAACGAAAAUAUUGAUAUUGCCUCGGAAAAUCCUGAAAAUUUGGUUAUUUUUGAAGAUCCACUUGAUCAAAAAAUUUAUCAAUACCUCAAAUAUACGUUUUAG